AAUUAAAAAAAUGAACACAAAAGUAGUUUUAAAAAUAUGGCAGAUGUAAAAGUAAAAAAAGAAAGAUGAAACCCUUGCAUGGCUACUAACUUCGUUCGAAUCUUUUAAAAGUAUUCCGAACAAAAUAUUAAAAAGAAAACACAAAACAUAAUGGGUUUACUAGCGAAGGAAGAUCCGUCUUCUGAGAAAGGUAUUGCCGAAAUUUUAAUAAACUUUUCCACUGAGAAACUUAUAUUUGAUAAUAUACCUUUGUACAGCGAUAGUCGUAAAGUAAUUUUUUUGACGAAUACUUCAACAGAACAUGUGGCGUCUUUUCGCUGGCAGCUUGAAUCAACAGAAUCUAUUAUAUCCAUACAACCUGCGUUUGGGGAGUUACAACCUAACGAAAAAAUCGCAUGCAAAGUCAAAGCUUUCUCGAAGGUGAAGCCAUCUAAGCAUGAAUUUCAAAUUAGCUGCCAGAUAAUUGACGAAACACUAAUGAGGAAGUUCGAAGAAGAUUUGCGAAUAUGGGAACUCAAACAAGAAGAGUUAAAGCAGUUGUUUACUAUCAGGGACGUCCCUGAAAUAUUAUUUAAUAAAGGUAUUUCGGAUUCGACUUCUAAGAAGUCGAAAAUGAAAACAACUUCUUUUAAGUAUGACACACUACCACCUAUAAAUAACAGUAAAAAGAAGCGUGUUAUAAUCGAAGAGCGGCCAUCAAAUAUCGGCGAAGACAAACCCAUACCCCCGUCUUUAAUGUGCAAGACGCUUGAAGUUUUUGUCGAAACUCAUUAUAUUCAAAACUUUGAAGAAAAUUAUCCUGACCGAUUUUAUUCUUAUUUUAUUCAAAAGCACUCCUUUCAAAGUCAAGAAAGAACAUCGACGAAGCUUGCUACACGUGACGAAUUAAACAUCGUCAAGGAUGUCUUGCAAAUGCUUAUUAAAGACCAACUUAUCGACAAAAACUUUUUCCAUUCUCUUGAUGAUAUGAAACACGAACCAAUUCCAUAUUUUGAAACGUUUAGAUGCACCGCUGAAACAAACGAGAUUGCUCUGACUUCAAAACAACUCUUAACCGACAGACAAAAUUUAAAACAAAAUAACGAAUUAUGUCAUGUCAUCGAAGAGGUUGUCGAGAAUACGUUAUAUAACAUACUUUGUGAGGCUAGCUAUGAUGGCGUCAGUCUAACUAGUCGUCCAAGAUGGCUGAUUUCGAGAAAAAAUGUACGAUCUCAAGAAAAUAUUGACGAGAGUAGUUAGUUUGAAUUGGUCUUGUUAAGGAAUAAAGGUUUUAAUUUUCAUUAUGAUAUUCUAUAAAUUGGAAUUCAUAGAUAAUUUAAAAGUUUGA